UCUUCAGCGUACACCCCCACAUGCAAACAACUCAUGCUCUCGCGGUCCAAGCAACCCGCCUACCACCCAUCAGGACCACACUCGACGCUAUCAACGGUCCAGAUUAGAUCCCCAACAACCCUACACCACCUUUCAUCAGCCGAAACGCCAUCCGGCACACCCAAAUUCCCGUGUCAGCGUCAACAGAUAAAUCACCGACGAGCGUGACCAGAGUAUCAACGAAAGCACAUGUUCUCACUGCGAAAAAUGCAAAUCUCUCCGACCAUUUAUUAGUGCCCACGAAAGCCGCAAGCUUUAUAUUCUCUCUCUCUCUCUCUCUCUGGAAGCUCUGCAACUUCGCGCUUAAACCCUAGUUUUCGCGUCGGGGGGUGCAGCUAUGGAGGCCAAGCUUGGGCAAAUGCACGACGAGCCGCAAGCUGAGUUUACUCUGGCCUCCGUUUCUCAGCUCUCGUCUUCUGCUUCUUCCGUCCCUUCUUCUUCCUCGCCCGUGGUCGCUCGCUUCAGCGCCGAUUCCGGAGGUCCCGUGCUUCGAUUUCACCGGGAGUCUGAGUCUGCGGAUGUGAUUAGCGUCGAUAUUCGAACUGCUCAGCUUUUCAAGUUGGGCCCUAUUGAGUCAAUUUGUAUAACGGAAGGCUCUGAAGUAAUUAAAGAGGUUUGCAAGCCGAAAUUGUAUUCAAGGGGAUUUACAAUUCAAUUUACGAAGGAGGAGGAAAGCAGGGCCUUCCAUUGUGCAUUUGAACAGUGGAAGAAGAAAGUGGUUUUUCAAGGAAUACAAUUGCAAAAUGGAGCAGUUUCGACCUCCAAAACAAGCAAGUUCGAUGACAAAAUUGAGUCAUCUUCUGCAAAAAUGUACUUUCAUUAUUAUGGACAACUAUUGCAUCAGCAAAAUAUGCUACAGGAUUAUGUGAGGACAGGAACCUAUUAUGCUGCUGUCAUUGAGAACCGUGCAGAUUUUAUUGGGCGUGUGGUGGUGGAUGUUGGUGCUGGUAGUGGAAUUUUGUCAUUAUUUGCUGCUCAGGCUGGUGCAAAGCAUGUUUAUGCUGUGGAAGCAUCAGAAAUGGCAGAAUAUGCACGCAAACUUAUUGCUGGAAACUCAGCACUUGGUCAACGGAUUACAGUCAUCAGAGGUAAAGUUGAAGAAAUUGAGUUGCCUGAGAAAGCAGAUAUUUUGAUCUCUGAGCCAAUGGGCACCUUAUUAGUCAAUGAAAGGAUGCUGGAGUCCUAUGUGAUUGCAAGAGAUCGGUUCCUUGUUCCUAAUGGAAAAAUGUUUCCUACUGUUGGAAGGAUACAUAUGGCGCCCUUCAGUGAUGAAUAUUUAUUUGUUGAAAUUGCAAAUAAGGCCCUCUUUUGGCAGCAACAAAAUUAUUAUGGGGUUGAUCUUACGCCUUUACAUCGAUCUGCGUUUCAGGGAUACUUCUCUCAGCCCGUGGUGGAUGCUUUUGACCCAAGGUUAUUGGUUGCUCCAGCUAUAUCUCAUGUGAUAAACUUUGCAUCUAUUAAGGAGGAAGAUUUAUAUGAAAUAAAAAUCCCACUAAAAUUCAUAGCCUCUGUGGGGAGUAGAGUGCAUGGGUUGGCUUGCUGGUUUGAUGUAUUGUUUAAUGGGAGUACCGUUCAAAGGUGGCUUUCCACUGCUCCUGGUUCACCGACAACCCACUGGUACCAACUACGUUGCGUCCUCUGCCAGCCUCUUUAUGUCAUGGCAGGACAAGAAAUUACUGGUGAACUUCACAUGAUUGCCCACAGUGCUCAGAGUUACACAAUUUACCUCACACUUUCAGCAAAAAUGUGGGGCCCUGGUGUUGAACAAGGGGGAGUGCUGCAAACAUCAUCUUGCAAACUUGAUCUCAAAGAGCCUUAUUAUCGUAUGUCCCAACCACAGGCGUACACAAUGGCACAAGAUCAGCAGCCACAUCAGCUAAUGCAGACACAGGAUAUUCAAAUUCAAUCACAGGAUGCAGAUGAAUCUGAGUUAAUGCAACAACCGGCCCAGAAUAAUAUCGGUGCUCAGCUCCAUUAAAUUGCUGAGUAAAUGUUAGAACUCUGGGGACAUGCGAGGAAGAAUUUGGACACUGGUCCUGCAUUUGUAACAUAGAAAUGCUUCACCUCAGCCAAGUGCGGGUGUUUUGCUCGCUUACACAGGAGGAUUUUUCAAUGCCAUCUGCACUUGGGUAGUGUGAUCACAGUAAGUUUAUGUUAAUUAAAGGGGUUCAACUAUUUGUUAAAGAGUAUUUGGGCGGUAGAUCCUGUAUUAUUUCUUCAUGAUUAAACUGGAUGUAUUAUCAAUCCAGCUUCUUGAAAAUUUAUUGGAGUUUUUGAAAUUAAAAUUUUUACAAGAUAUCAAUACAUAGUUUUGCACACAA